AUGAGUGGAUCGGGUUUAAAUCAAGAACUUGGUUUGAAAAGGCCCGGGGAUACUCGUUGGAAUUCUCAUUACAAGUCUAUUUCAAACAUCAUCCUCUUAUUUCCUACAAUUGUUAAGGUACUUGUACACAUUGGGAAGCAUGGUGUAUCGGAAGAUAAGUUCAAAGCUCAAAUUGUUUUAGGACAAUUAGAGUCAUUUGACUUUGUUUUUAUUGCUUACUUGAUGUUGACUAUUUUUGGUUACACUAAUGAUUUGUGUGUUGCUUUGCAAAGAAAGGAGCAAGAUAUUGUAAAUGCCAUGGAACUUGUCACUUACACAAAAUUGGUGUUGCAAAAAAUGAGGGAGCAAGGAUGGGAUACUCUCUUAAACAAGGUAACUUCAUUUUGUGCUAAACAUGGUAUUGUUGUUCCCACUAUGGAUUCUCCUUAUGUUCCUCAAGGAAGAUCAAGACGUUUUGUUGAAGAAGCAACAAAUGAACAUCAUUUUCGAGUUGGAAUUUUUGUAAGAGUGAUUGAUUUGCAUCUUCAAGAACUUGAUGAUCGAUUUAAUGAGAGGAAUAUGGAGAUACUAAUAUGUAUGGCUUGUUUAAGUCCUAAAGAUAACUUCUCAUCCUUUGAUAAAGAUAAGGUACUUAAACUUGCCUCUUUUUAUCCCGAAGAAUUUUCAAGCUUUGAUUUGAUGGCUCUUGAAUGUCAACUUGAUAUAUUCAUGGAGAAUAUGCUAAAUGAUGAUAGAUUUCAAGGUUUAAAUGACCUUAACUCUCUUUCUAUGAUUCUUGUUAAAACUAAUAAGCAUAAGACUUUUCCUCUUAUUCAUUUGCUUAUCAAGUUGAUGUUGAUUCUUCCGGUUGCCACGGCAAGUGUUGAAAGAGUUUUUUCCGCAAUGACAUGUGUCAAAAAUAAGUUGCGAAAUAGCAUGGGUGAUCAACUUAUGAAUGAUUGUUUGGUCACUUUUAUUGAGAAGGAUGUCUUCCUAAGAGUUUCCGAUGAAAAAAUUGUUGAUCGCUUCCAAAAUAUGAAGACUCGAAGGAUGAAAGUGUAA